AUGGCACUUGCUGUAGUAACCACAGCUAAAAAGCUAAAAUACUACUUCCAGAGCCAUAACGUGGUAGUUAGAACGAAUCAGCCGCUGCGAAAGGCAAACCAAAGACCAGAAACCUCCGGGAGACUAGUCCAUUGGUCCAUCCAGCUCAGUGAACAUGACAUAAGAUAUGAACCCCGCCCAACUCUUAAAGCGCAAGCCUUGGCGGACUUAGCGGAAAUAACUCCUGGCGAAGCCGAGCAGCCUAAACCAGAGCUAAUAUGGGAACUCCACGUAGAUGGAGCCUCAAACGAGAAAGGAGCCGGAGCAGGAGCCAUCCUCAAAGGACCCUGGAAAGUCAAAAUUGAGUACGGAGCGAACAUUCAAUUCGCUGCCAGCAAUAACGUUGCCGAAUAUGAAGCCUUAAUUACUGGCCUUGGCCUAGCACUGGAGAUAAGAACGGAGAUUCUAAAAAUCUAUAGCGACUCUCAUCUAGUAGUAAAUCAAGUCAAAGGAGAAUAUCAAGCCAAGGAGGCUGGAAUGAUCAAAUAUCUAGAAAAAGUCAUGAAGCAACUUCGACAACUUGAAGCGCAAGGAGGACAAUGGGAGAUCAUUCAAAUUCCAAGAGAAAAGAAUACCGACGCUGACGCCAUCGCCAAGUCAGCAUCCGAAUUAGGGGACUUAUUCACAAAAAUGCAGUUAAAGGAAACCCUCAGAUUACCAAACACCAAAGAAGAAGAAGUCAUGGCGAUUGAUGAAGUUGAUUCCUGGAUGACCCCGCUGAUCAAAUACUUAGAUCGUGGCGAAUUACCAACAGACAAUGUCGAAGCCAUCCGAGUCAUCCGAAAAUCCGCCAAUUACUCAUAUCAUAACGGAUUUCUCUACCGAACCUCCUUAACUCAUCCUUGGUCGAGAUGUGUCUCGCCCCAAACAGGAGGUUCCAUCCUGAAAGAAAUCCAUGAAGGAAUAUGCGGAGCAAAUAAAGGAGCGAUCACCAUAGCAAGAAAAACAAUGCUCCAGAAUUACUACUGGCCGACCAUCAAAGAAGAUGCAAAGACGCUAGUAAAGAAAUAUGACAAGUGCCAGAGACAUGACAAUGUCAGCUGUAGGCCAGCAGCAUCCCAAGGAUCACUGGAGAGCCCCUGGCCAUUCGCCAUAUGGGGAAUCGAUAUAGUAGGACCAUUCGAAACGGGAAAACAUCAAAUGAAAUUCCUGAUCGUCGCAAUCGAACACUUCACAAAAUGGGUUGAAGUGGCACCGGUUGCAACCAUAACUGCUGCCAGAGUGGAAGAGUUCUUCAAGAAUGAAGUGAUAUGUCGAUUCAGCAUACCUCACACAGUGAUAGCGGACAACGGAAAACAAUUCGACUGCAAGCGAUUCAAGGAAUUCUGCAAAGAACUAAUGAUAAACCUGAAAUUCACAUCGGUAGCGCACCUUCAAACAAAUGGAAUGACUGAAGUUACCAAUCGAACUAUAGCACAGGGAAUAAAAAAGAGGUUAGAUCAGUAUAAAGAUAACUGGGCCCAAGAACUUUACAGUGUUCUGUGGGCAUACAGAACGACUCAAAGGAAAGGAACACGCGAGACACCCUUCAGGCUCGCCUAUGGCAUUGAAGCAGUGAUCCCCAUAGAAAUUGGCGUACCCAGCAUCAGAGUGAACUACUUAGAAGAAGAAACCAACGAAGCGAGAAUAAGGCUAUGUCUAGACCUACUAGAGGAAAGAAGAAACGAAGCAACAAUCCGAGCCGCGACUUACAAGAAACAAGCUGCAUGA